AUGACUCUUUUUUCUGAGUUUCUCAUUAUUGGAUAUUAGGCAGAAGAGUAUAAGAACACUGAAAUCAUGGAGUACUUCCAUAUUAAUGGAUCAACUCUUCCAGAUUACCUUAGAAAUGUGAGCAUUAUGUGCUUCACCAGUGGUUUUGAUGCCAAAUAGGAACAGGAAUAGUAAAAGAAAUAGGAUGACAUAAAUAGCAAGAAUUAUUUGCAUUAGUUUGUGAUUACAGAUCAGAGUGGCAAAUUGCGAUACUGCACCUCUCUUGUAGUAUUUGAGAGUUUGAAGAGCGACUUCUAUAUCCCUUUUGCCUACGUGAUAGUUUCCGAACAAUCUAACUUGAUUAGAUAGAAAUCCUACAUGAGAGCAAUGUACAAUGCCAUUUUUGACAGAGUCACAAGAUAUAGAGAUCGAGGAUGGUAAAUGGGAUCCUAGAUAUUAUUUAAUCAAUAAUUAUUCGAAUUCUAUUUGUCAGUCGGAAUCACCAACUUAAAUGGAUUAUAUUUUGUACCUAAACAAAUUAUGAGGACAAGGUAAGAAGUAAUAACAGAUCUAAUGAUCAACAAUCCAAGCCAUAAAAAUAAUCUGUACAAUAAAGAUAUCAGUUUCAAUGUUUUAUUUUCCAAAUUAUCAAUCAAAAGCAUAAUUAAAGUUGUGCAAUCAAUAAUUCUUGAAAAACAAAUCAUUUUAUUCACUACUUAAGUUUGGGACUUAGCAAAUAUUGUUGAGGCAUUCCUUCAAUUUAUUUACCCUCUCUAAUGGAGAUGCAUUUACAUACCUUAUCUACCAGCAGAAAUCCUUGAUACUCUUUAUGUCUCUGUUCCUUAUAUUAUUGGUGUUCAUUGUAAUCUUAAGGAGAGAGUAUUAACUCAAUAUGAUUGUCUUGAUAAGAUUCUGGUCGAUUUAGAUUAAGACAGGGUCAUCGGAUGCAAUUUAAUACUACCCUUUCCAGAACAACUUGUGGAAACCCUCACAAAUUAGAGUUCUAAAUUUUAAUAUUCUGAUGAUUCCGAAUUGUUAUAAGUUUAGUGUUGCUUCCUUAAAUUCCAAUUGUAGCUUAUCAACAACAUUGUACCCUACUUUAUAUACUCUGACACCCUCCAAUUGAAGCCGAAGAUCGAAGACAUUUUUGAUAAGGAUCUUUACAUAGAAUAAUUUACACCCUUGGAUCAAGAAUUUUAUAGGGAAUUCGUGAAUAAAACUAUGAUGUUCCCACGUUUUAUUGAAGAAUCCUAUUAGUAUCUACAUUAAAAGCAAUUCUUGAAACUAAACAUAAAGACAAAUAUUUUCAUAGACUUACUCUUAUUGAUCAAUACUUCAGGGUAUUUCAAUAUUUAUAAAUUACAAAAUAAAGACUUUGAAGCUGGGUUAUUUAACCUAAUAAAUGAAUCCAAAGUCUUAAUUCCAGAUUCAGAGAAAUCCAUUCAUACACUCUUCCCUUAAUAUCAAAAACAAACAAAUGAGUAUCUAAUUCCCUAGAAAAAGUUCCCUAUUCUUCAAAUUGACAAAUCUAAAAUUAUAUAAAUUGAUCCUAUUCAAAGUAACAUUCAUCAUAACUCAUUUAUGCAGAGAAGCACUUAAUCAUAAAAAACUGAUGUCUGUAAUGAAAAUAAAUAAGUCAUCAAUAUACUUACUAUUAAAGCACACCAAAUUAAUCCAAUUUCUAAAUCACUAAUACAAAAUGACGUUGCUGCCUAGAUUAUUUUUAGAUACCCAAAAAAAUCUUUGUCAAAACUAAAAAAGACUUUGGCUGCCCAAUUAUUAAAAUUGGCCCCAGAUGUCAAUUCAGAACAGAAACCUAUUCAAACAUCCCAAAUUGUGAAUUUCAGAUAGAGCAAACGUAUAUUUAAUACUGAAGAAAUGGGUUAUGUAAGUAUGUAUAGGACAAAAACUUAGAAUAUAUUCUGA